AUGCCGAGCUCCGUUGAUCCCAAACACGACCCUUACGACAUCGCCAUUGUCGGCUCUGGAUUAGGAGGCCUCUCGGCAGCCGUUGCUUUGCGACGAGCAGGACACAACGUCACCAUUUAUGAGAGAUAUGACUUCGGCGGUGAGGUCGGCGCAUCACUCUCCUGCGCAUCGAAUGGAUCUCGGUUCCUACAAGAAUGGCAAGUCGACAUCGCCAAAGCCAGACCCGUCAUCCUCAAGAGCCUGAUUCGACAUGACUGGAAGACUGGCCAAGUGUCUGGGACAUAUCCUCUUGGAGACUAUCGCGAGCGCUUCGGAACAGAUUAUAACAACUUCCACCGCAUUGAUCUUCACCAACACUUGAAGCACGUGGCUACAACUGAAGGCGGCAAAGGAACCCCUGCCCAGCUCAAGGUCUGGCACAAGGCCGUAGAUUUGGACCCUAUUGCUGGAAAGAUUGUCUUCGAGAAUGGUGUGGUUGCUACACAUGAUCUUGUUGUGUGCGCUGAUGGGAUCCGAAGCCAGAUGCGAGAGAAACUUGGGGUUAUCCCGCACAUCGCACCGUCGGCUUCCUGCUGCUACCGAUGCAUCAUCCAUGCCGACAAGCUUCGGGAGCUCGGCUUGCACGGGUUUGCUGAAAAUAGUGCCAUUGAAUUCUGGGGGGGCGACGGCAUUGACAAGAUCGUCAUGAGUGCUUGUUCUGACCAUGACGUCGUCAGCUGCUACUGCUUCUAUCCCGCAGAGAAAAAUGACUUGAAAGAAGAUGGGUGGGACAUCUCAACAACAGGAGAGAACCUGGCGGCAACCUUUCCUGAGCUGGACGAAAGGCUUCUCACCUUGUUCCGCAAUGCCGAGGACAUCAAAAUGUGGCGACUCUAUGACCAUGACCAGUACCCAUAUUGGGUCAAAGGAAAAUGCUGCCUCUUGGGCGAUGCGGCGCAUCCCAUGAUGCCAGACCAGUCGCAAGGCGCUUGUAUGGCCAUAGAAGACGCUGGAGCUCUUGGGAUUCUCUUCGCACCCAAGUAUGCCGAUUUAGACGUGACCGAGAAGCUUCGUCUAUACGAGCUGGAACGGAAGCCUCGCGCUUCUCGAGUCCAAGACAGCAGUCGACGAGCAAGACUAGACCUCACAGAGCGCAUUGGUUGGAGCAGUGCCAAUGACAGGCCCGGCAAGUUGACAAUUGAAGAAGUAUGUGGCUAUGAUAUGCAUGCUCAUGUGGCCGAGUUGGUUAAGGAGACCAAAGCAGCCGGCUAG